ACCACCGUCGCCUGUUGAUGACGUAGCUGAGGCGGUGUUUACCAUGGCGGCUCUCUGCUGAUUGAAAUUUAAUUGUGGGUUUAACCGCUGCAGGACCCUUCUCUAGGAAAUACUGAACCCUGUUUCAUCCACAAUGACCAACAGGACUUCAUACUUUUAUGACCCAGACGUGGGAAACUUCCAUUACGGUGCUGGCCACCCAAUGAAGCCUCAUCGUUUGUCCCUGACUCAUAGUCUGGUGCUACACUAUGGACUCUACAAGAAAAUGAUGGUGUUUAAGCCCUACAAAGCUUCUCAGCAUGACAUGUGCCGCUUUCACUCUGAAGACUACAUAGACUUCCUCCAGAAGGUCAGCCCCAACAACAUGCAGGGCUUCACAAAGAGCCUCAACACUUUUAAUGUUGGCGAUGACUGUCCUGUGUUUCCAGGACUUUUUGAGUUUUGCUCAAGAUACACAGGAGCCUCUUUGCAGGGAGCUACGCAGCUCAACCACAAGAUCUGUGACAUAGCCAUUAACUGGGCCGGUGGUUUGCAUCAUGCCAAAAAGUUUGAGGCGUCGGGCUUCUGUUACGUGAACGACAUCGUCAUCAGUAUACUGGAGCUGCUCAAAUACCACCCUAGGGUUCUCUACAUCGACAUCGACAUUCACCACGGUGACGGCGUCCAGGAGGCCUUUUACCUGACUGACAGGGUCAUGACGGUGUCCUUUCACAAAUAUGGGAACUACUUUUUCCCAGGAACAGGUGACAUGUACGAGGUUGGAGCAGAAAGUGGACGGUACUACUGCCUCAAUGUUCCUCUGAGAGAUGGAAUCGAUGACCAGAGCUACAGGCAGCUGUUCCAGCCAGUUAUCAAACAGGUGGUGGAUUUCUAUCAGCCAACGUGCAUCGUCCUGCAGUGUGGAGCAGACUCUCUGGGCUGUGACCGGCUGGGCUGCUUCAACCUCAGCAUACGUGGACACGGAGAGUGUGUGGAGUUUGUGAAGAGUUUUAAGAUUCCUCUGCUGGUCCUUGGAGGAGGAGGGUACACCGUGAGGAACGUGGCUCGCUGCUGGACAUUUGAGACGUCUCUGCUACUGGAUGAAUCCAUCAGUGAUGAGCUGCCUUACAGCGAGUAUUUUGAGUACUUUGCUCCAGAUUUCACUCUGCAUCCUGAUGUAAGCACCAGGAUAGAAAACCAGAACUCCAGACAGUAUCUGGAGCAGAUCCGUCAGACCGUUUUUGAGAACUUGAAGAUGUUAAACCAUGCGCCCAGUGUCCAGAUCCAUGACGUUCCCUCUGACAUGCUGAGCUAUGAACGCAACGACGAGCCGGACCCCGACGAGAGGGGAGCGGAGGAAAACUACACCAGGCCGGAGGCAGCCAACGAGUUCUACGAUGGUGACCAUGACAACGACAAAGAGAGCGAUGUGGAAAUCUGACCCUGGAGACGGAGAGCCUUCAGGAUUCUUAAUCUCUGCUGGCUGAAGCGAGACUUUUCUGGAAGGACGGAGGAGAGCUGCUCCGCUGUAACAGUGGGAGGGUUCUACUGAUGAGACCGCCAUCAGCCAUCAGCUUCGCCACCACAGUUCAUCAGAACAGGCCGAAGUUUGCACCAGAGCCUUGUAGAUAAUCUAAUGGAGUCUAUUUUCAAAACGCAGCGUCCUUAUUUCUAUCUGUCAGAUAUUACAACAGUAUUUUCAUACACAGGACACUGAGACUGCUGUUCUCAAUAUCAGCUCACAAAUGUUUAAAUUUACCCAGAACAACACAAGAUCAAAUGUUCUCUAGCAGCGUGGACGCAGAACUCUAAUUCUACUCUGUAUUUGCUGAAGUCUGCAUUCUUUCCUGACAUGUUUUCCUCUUCAAAAUGUCGUCCAACUUAUAAGAAUGACUGAAAAUGAAAACGUGAUCUUAAACAUCGAUCCUCCUGUAGGACGUGUACUUGGAAGCUUUUCAAGUGCCUACCAGCAUCCAUGAGGGGCCGAUGAGUGACGUCUUUAAACUGUCAGAGCUAAAUAAAAUAUCACAGGGGCUGUUUAUGUCAGAGCUGUCCCUUUAAGCUGGCGUCAUGGAUUUGUACCAGUGAACGCUGGUAAAUCAGCCUCAUGAGCUGAUAAAACGUUAUUCUCCAUUCCUCUGCUCUGUAAAUACAUUUAAGCGUCUGGAUGUCAGCUGUGUUCCUCGUGUCGAUGAGAGUGAUGGAGAGGAGGAGCCUGGGGCUAAAAACAUCUUUAAGUGAAGCAGACGCUGAUGUUGGUGCCGAUCCUUUACUCUGAUUGGCUCAUUACUGAUGCAUCACAGGGUUAAAGGCUGCUUCCUCCUGCCAGCUCCUCCUCUUUUUUAUGUCUUUUUUGAUAUCGUUGUCUACUGUUUUAAUAAAAGCUCACUGAAUGGC